AUGGAUGAAAUGAAAUACAACGAGAAUGAGCCAAUAGUUGUUAAUCAUUUUGAUAACCCAUUCUUUGAUAUGAAUGGAAAUAAUAAUAAUAAUAAUAAUAAUAAUAAUAAUAAUAAUGAAGAUAAUAUCAAUAAUUAUAGUAAUAAUAAAACCACUACAACUACAACUACAACAACUGCUUCAACGACUAAUGUUAUCAUUAGUACUAAUACUUCUAUUGAUUCAAAUAUAAACAAUGGUAUUGAUGAAAAUAAUAAUAAUAAUAAUAAUAAUAAUAAUAAUAAUAAUAAUAAUAAUAAUAAUAAUAAUAAUAAUAAUAAUAAUAAUAAUAAUAAUAAUAAUAAUAAUAAUAGCAAUAAUAAUAGCAAUAAUAGUAGCAAUAAUAGUAGUAAUAAUAGUAAUGAAGAUUAUAUAAUAAACAAUCAUAAAAAAUUAGUCAAUGACCAUCUAUUAAAAACUCAAAAACAAAAAUUAAAAUCACCAUUCGAUGAUACAAGAUUAUUACAACAAAUGAUGAUGUUACAAUUCUUACAAGAAAAAGAUAUGAAAAAAGUAAAUAGUAAUAAGAAUGGUAGUGAUAGUGAUGACGAUGAUGAUGAUGGUUAUGAUUAUGGUGGUGAUAGUGAAGCAUACAUUGAAAUGAUUUAUAAUAGGAGAGGUAAAAGAAAUAGAAAUAGAAACAACAAUAACAACAACAAUAAUAAUAAUAUUAAUAAUAUAAAAAUUAAUAUUAUUAAAAAUAAUAUUAAAAAUAAUAAUAACAAUAAUAAUAAUAGUAAUAUUAUUAAUAAUAAUAAUAAUAUUAUUAAUAGUAAUAGUAGUAAUAAUAAUAAUGGUGAUGAAGAUGAAGAUGAUGAAAUUGAAAGAUUUCUUACACCAGAUGAAAUCUAUAAAUAUUGUUUUAGAAAAGAAAGUAAUAUUUCAAAUGAAGAUAAUAGUAAUAGUAAUAGUAAUAGUGAUGUUAGAAAGAGAGCAUUAGAGAAUUAUUCAGAAAUUGAUAAUAAGAUUGAAGACAUUAAACAAACCUUUUCAUUCUUUUCAGAUAUUGUUAACUCACUACUAAAUGCAUUCGACGAUGGUGAUAUAUGGAGAAACGAUGCUGACAAUGAAGAGUUUUUAAAUAAUAAUUAUUCAAUUUUCUUACAACAAGAAUCAAUUGAUAUUGAAAAAAGAUAUGAAUCAUUAGAGAAACAAUUAAAAUAUUAUAAAUUAAAAAAUGAUAGGUUUGAUAAGGAAAGAAUUUCAAAACUACAAAAAGAUUAUGGUAAUAUUGCAAGUGGUAGCGGUAAAUCAAGUGUAAAUCCAUCAACAACUAUUACUACAACAAGUAAUGGUAGCAAUAAUAAUAAUAACAACAAUAAUAAUAAUAAUGCUGAUAACAAUAACAAUAAUAAUAAUAAUAACAAUAAUAAUAAUAAUAAUAAUAAAUCUAUCAAUUCAAAGUUUAAAAAAGUUUAUAAAAUUUUUAAAAAUAAAUUUGAUGGUAAUGUAGAUAAUGUAAAUAAUAAUAAUAAUAAUGGUAAAAGUAGUAAUAGUAAGGGAAAAGAAAGUAUGAAUCAAAUUGAAGAAGAUGAUGAAGAGGAUGAAGAUGAAGAUGAAUCAAAAUAUCAACAAGAUUUUAUAAUUAAACAUGUAAAUAAUAAUAAGCAAAUAAAAAAUGAUCAUGAAUGUAAUGAUAUAAUUCCAAUAAAUAAUAAUAAUAAUGAUAAUGAUGGUUCAAAUAAUCAAAUUGAUACAACAAAGACAACAACAACGACGACAACAACGACGACAACAACGACGACAACAACAACAAAUACAACACUACCAACAAUUACAUGUCCAAUUUGCUUUUUAGAUGAUAUUGAUGAUUAUUUUGAAAUUUCACAAUGUGGACAUACCUAUUGUACAGAAUGUUUAACUCAAUAUUUAAAAACCAAUAUUUUAGAGAGAAAAACACAUAUAGCAUGUCCAGAAUUAAAAUGUACAAGUUGGUUACAAUAUGGUCAAAUUAAAUAUUUGGUUGAUGAACAAACUUUUACAAAAUAUGAAGAAUUUACAUUUAGUACUUUCUUAAUGAAAUCUCCAAAUUAUAAAUGGUGUCCAAAUAAUAAUUGUGGUAAUGCAGUUUAUGGUGAAAUUGAUAAUCCAAGAACAAGAUGUUCAAAUAAAAGUUGUAAUUUUGAUUUUUGUUUUAAUUGUGAAGUUGAAUGGCAUCAAUCAACUUGUGAACAAUAUCAAAUUUGGAAAUUAGAGAAUACAAUGGUAGAUAGUGCAUUCAAUCAAUGGACAAAGACAACAGAUUUAAAACCUUGUCCAAAAUGUAAAAGUAAUAUUGAGAGAAUAGCUGGUUGUGCUCAUGUUACUUGUCAUUGUGGUUAUCAAUUUUGUUGGUUAUGUGGUGGUAAAUAUUCAAAUAAUCAUUUCAAUGCUUUAAAUCCAUUAGGUUGUCCAGGUAUGGCUACAAAGAAAAUUAGUAAUAGUAGAAGAAUUGCUUAUAAAAGUAUGGUUGGUGUUGGUGUCAUCUUUGGUGGUAUCGUUAUAAUUGGAAUUGGUGUACCAACUGUAAUUGUAGGUUUAAUACCAUAUGGUGGUUAUCGUUUGGCAAAACAACUUUCGAAAAAUAAACGUAAAAAUAAAAAAUUAUAG